AUGCGGAUCCAUGGCGAUGGCUCGUCUUAUCGUCUUUAUCUCGACGAACUGGACUUCUCGGCAAUCCCUGUGAUGAACGAGGACUCCGUCUAUUUUGAAGACUUUACAUACGAUGAGCCUCGUGACCUCCAGCUCCGCAUGUACAAACCUAAAUCGACCCCCGCCACCACUUCCAACGUUGAUAAGCUCCCGAUCAUCGUCUAUGUUCAUGGAGGUGGCUUUCGCAAUGGCUCUCGAGUGUGGCCAAACUGCCACAACAGCUGCCUCCGCCUCACCUCCGGCACUGGCGCGGUGGUUGUCGCUCCAGACUUCGAGCUGUCGCCGGAGCACGGGUUACCGGUCGUCUUUGACAACGUCGUCCGCGCAAUGAGGUGGAUCGGAGGUCGGGGAGGGCAUGAGUGGUUGAGUGAAGGAGAAGGAGGUGGUGUUGAAGUUGACUUGGAGAGAGUGUUUGUGGUUGGGCGCUCUUCCAACGGGACCCUCGCGCACCACCUGGCGGUUCGGCUCGGGUCCGGUUCGUUGAACUUGGAUCCGGUCAGGGUCCAGGGUUACAUUCUGAUUUCGCCCUUCUUCGGCGGGGUCGCGCGGACCGGAUCGGAGAAGGAUUCGACCGAGCCGUACGUGGUUGACUUUGGAGUUACUGGAUUCGUAUAA